ACACGGCAGUGAGUUGCGACGCUCAAAACUGUCGACUAGUGAAUCACGUCAAGUUAUCCAAAUCGUUCGGGGAAAAAUAAAAAUCCCUCCUUUCCUAAGGCUGAAAUCAUAAAUGGGAAAUUUAUAAUGCGGAAUUUCAAAUCUAUUUUGGAAACAUUUUACUUUGGUUGCGUGUGCUGGGUGUUGGUAUUAUCCAGCUCAGUAUUGGCCGUCUACUCCAAGACGCCUUUGACGAAAUGCUGUUUGAAUCACCAAGCUUACAUGGUGGAAUUGGACGUCUGCCGCGAUUGGAAAGGCUCCGUAACCCAUUCGAAAAUGUCCGCGGCCCCGCCCGUUUAUUCUGUGGAGAGGAGUGCUGAACCCACUCCCGUCCGCGUUGAAUCAAAGAGUUUUCAAAUGACGCAUCGCCUCAAACGCUGCCCAAAAGGCUACGUUGGAAUGAGUUCCACGGAAUACAGAUUUUACGAGGACGGCUCCAUUUUCAGCCAAGACGAACACGUCACUUACCAAUCUGGAGACUUUUGCAUCCAAGAAUCCUUUCCUUCCGGACAGUUGAUAGCCCGCUAUUGCGUCCGAGAUCCGUGCAACCGCACAGACACCUGCAUCCGCAAAUGCUGUCCAACCUUCAAAGCAUUCGAUAUUUCCACGACGCGCUGCAUCAAUUACUCGAGCCAGUUGAACGUGACGCUUUACAAUCGAACCGGCUAUUCGCUUAACCUGAAAUCUGAAGAAAUGUUCGUUCGGGACGGAGUGGCUCCACAGUGUAAAGAUGGCUACAAGCACAAGCUCCUCAAUCAACACGAUUACCACCUGAGAUCCAACGGUCUAUUAUUCGUAUUCCCCAAAAACGGAUGCUCUUCACAAAGUCAGACUGAUGUUGACCUAUUAACGGAUGAAUAUUGCGUCGAUUAUUUCAUGGACGUUGACGGCACGUCCGCUCAACGCGCUCUGGUCUGUGUCGCAGCCGAUGAUACAAAUCCUAUUUAUUCCAUCUUCUUGUUCAUCUCGUCUUUCUUCCUAGUCGCCACAUUCGCCGUCUACGCCCUCAUUCCUGAAAUUCGAAACAUCCACGGUGUGGUUAUCAUGUGCUACGUUGUCUCCCGAGCUGCUGCUUACCUGAUUUUUGGCACUCUCCAAUUGGUUGGCACAACCCGAUCGACUGUCGCUUGCCGAAUUAUGGCCAUCCUGAUUCAUUUCUCCUACAUUUCCACCUACACCUGGCUCAACGUUGUUUGCUUCGACAUCUGGUGGACUUUGAAAUCCAUGCAACCGUGUAGUUCCGUCAACACGGCCAUCCGUCAAAAUCAACUGGCCAAACCUUUUUUCGCUUAUUCGCUCUAUUCGUGGGGUCUGGCGGCCGUCAUCGUAACAGUCGGACAGGUUUUGGAUUAUUACAAGACUUCCGAGGCCGUCAUCAGACCCGAAUUCGGAGAGGACACCUGCUGGUUUUCAAGUUACGGAGCCAUGUUCGCUUACGUGUACGGUCCGGUUUGCGUCUUGAUUUUAGUCGAUAUCAUCUUUUUCGUCAUGACAAGCAUUCUACUUCGACGGGCCGGGAUCGGGUCGGGAAAUCGCCACUCCCGAGAGAAAUACCGCUUGCGCGUCAUUUUCGGCUUGUUCGUCUUGAAAAUCGUGUCGUGGUUGGCCGAGUUCGUGGCGUACGCCAUCGGCUGUCUCAACGAAGCGGCGUUCGUCAUCGACGUUAUCGAAACCUCGUCAAGCGUCCUGACUUUCGCCAUCUUCGUCUGCAAGCCCAACGUGUGGCGCUUGUUCAAGCAGAAAUGCCCCUGCCUGGAACGACUGGAACGCGCUCGCCCGUACAGCGCAAACUACGCCAACCGUAGCAGCAACCAACUGACGGCUUCGACCAACAUUUCUUCCAGGGAAAUCCUCCACAUCGACUUGAUCAAAACCUUAUCGCAACGUCGAGAAUCUGAUAAACCCGUUUAAUCCCAGCCGAGACAUGUCUGAAAUAUACAAAUAAUUGGCCAGGCCUGUAAUA